GACAAAUGUGCCUACAAGUGUGUUGUUGUUUGGAAGAAGGUAACUAAUGAACACGCUGAAUAGGAACGGUGCUAUGUCAUUGCCUCCAGGGCCACCUUCAUUUGCUGUUUCUACUUUGAAUCUUUGACUGCUGCAUAGUAUUUCGAAUUUAACUAUGGCUUAAUGGCAGGGAAAAUGAAAGAAAAUUCAAAAUAUAGCGAUGACUCUUUUUCAUCUUUAAACGAAUCAACCGGGUCGUUAAACAGAUCGUACAACGAUAUUUCUGAGCACGAAAAUGGUAUAUACGUUAUAGUAAGAUCUCGACCAUUAAGCACCAAAGAAAAUAGAGCAAGUGAACCAUCAAUUGUAUCGUUUCCGGGAAAUGGGCGUAUUUUGGUGGAAGGUUUUCAAACAAUCGGUGGAUCUAAUGGUCCUAAAUCCAAACUUUUCUCUUUUAAUGUCGUAUUCGAACCGGCAUCCACGCAAGAAGACAUAUUUCAAUAUUCGGGCAUCAAGAAGCUUAUCGAGAUGGCGGCCGAAGGCUUCAACACCACUUGCUUUUGUUACGGACAAACCGGCAGUGGUAAAACCCACACACUUACGGGGCCACCAGGAAUGUUUUUCAACAAGCGCAUUGAACCGUUUUCCGUGGAUCAUGGUUUAGUAUUUCGAUCAUUUAUGUAUCUGUUUCGAUUGGUGCAACAGCGACAAGAUCUUCAUUUCGUACUCAAAGCUUCAUUCCUAGAAAUUUACAACGAAAAAGUAAUAGAUUUAUUAAAUCCUGGAACUGUCAGAAAACCAUUAGACGUAAGAUGGUCCAGGAAAGCUCGUAACUUUUAUGUCGAUAACUUGUUUAUGGUGGACUGUGAAGAAUUAGAUGACCUACAAGCUGUACUAGAAGAAGGCAUGAAAAACAGAACGGUUGGGAGCCAUAAUAUGAACGAAUGCUCCAGUAGGAGUCAUACGAUGUUAACGGUGUAUAUUACGUCCGAACAACAAAUAUCUGAAGACGGUGUUUUCAUCACGAAACAGGGCAAAAUUAAUUUUGUUGAUUUGGCUGGCAGUGAAAUGACUAAAAAAACCAUGAGCGAAGGAAAAACUUUAGAAGAAGCAAAUAAUAUCAACAAGAGCUUAAUGGUGUUAGGCUACUGCAUAGCAUCGCUGAGUGAUCCUAAGAAACGGAAAGGUCACAUACCGUACCGAGACAGUAAACUUACCAAACUUCUAUCUGAUAGUUUAGCCGGUACAGGUGUCACGUUAAUGAUAGCAUGUAUAUCACCAGCAAGAUCAAACGCUAGUGAGACAAUAAGCACAUUAAGGUAUGCAGCUCGUGCAAAAAAAAUCAAAACCAAACCAGUGAUAGUUAUGGACCCCAGAGAAGCAUUAAUCGUCAGUUUGCGGCGUGAGGUGGAGGCGCUGCAGAACGAAAACGAUCAUUUGCGGAAGGCUCUGGAUAUUAACAAGACGUCGUCGGCCAGUAUUUCGAAUGUAAAAAUGCCGCCCAAUAUGGACAUGGACCGGUUAAUACAAAUGGACCCCACGGAGCUUGUGGAUUUGGUCAAACAUUACGCGAAUGAAAAUGAGGCACUGCGCAGAGAAAACGCCGAGCUAUUCAACUCUAGGGACCUAUUACAGAGAGACCACGAAAUUGUUUGUCGGGAGAACGAACGGCUGCUGAAGAAACUCGAAGACGUCAACUCGGCAUGUAUAAGGUCUCCAAUAAUUCCAGCGCGUGGCCAAUAUGUUGACAAAAUAGAACUAGCAUCGACCAACAGCUCUCUAAGCACACAAAAUAUCCAAAUGGAAAAUAUUGGACUGGGAAGAGAAAAAAGAGAUUUACCUAUAACCUACCAAAGAGAAAUAGAUAAAAAAGGAAUUGGAAAUACAAUAAGUAAUUUCGUGGGCUCUUUCAAAAACCGAAGAAAAACUUCAUCGGAUACCUGUAAAGUGCCGUCGAAACCUACUUCAACUAUAAGAUCGCCGGUAACGGUCGACCGCGUUCCGUCGCCGUCGUUGGUGAUUAACGGACCUUACAACAAAUUCGAUGAUGGGCUCAACUCGGCGGCAUCUACUCUCGCUUCCAUCGUCAGCCGACAAGCGUUCGACAUACCACAGGCGUCUAAAGACAAUGGCCACUGUAGGGGCGACAGCGACAGUGGCGGAGGUGGUAGGAUCAAUGGAAGUGACGAAAUCGGCAGUGCGGGUGACCGACGGAGCUCCGGCGGCCGAUUUUCUCUUCCGGACAUUGUAGACACCGGUAACGCCGUCAGCAGUGGCGUGCAAGUGCGCCGGGACAGCAUCGGAAGUGCCGUGCACACGCGGCGGGACACCCCAGCCAGAAGCCGCGAUCCGUUCGGAAGUCCGGUGACGCCACAGAUGUACAACGGAUUUAGGUACCACGCUGGCAACACUCGAGCAGCCGCCACCGCCGCCAUCAAAACAGCCGCCGCGUCCAGUUGAAAUCCACCGCACGAAUCAUGUGGACUUCAAUGGAUUAAAUCCCGUCGUUACGUUGUACAUAGUUUACCUCGCGACAAUCUAUCGCAAAUAAUUUAUUGUGAUAAAAAUUUACCGAAACAAUAUUUAUCACGACUUAUAAACCGUACAGUAACUAUUUUAAUAUUGAUAGGUAAAAAUGUGUAAUUAAUGAAAAAAUAAUAUUAAUAAUAUUAAUGAUACAAAACUAGGUCUAAAUUACAUAUAAAAAAUUAAAAAAUUAAGCCUACCGACUUACAACAUAGUGCAUAAUAGUAUUACCUAUAAUGCAUAUUAUAUAUAUUGCGUGUACAAUACUUAAAACCUAAGUAUGCAAUAUUGAAAAUUCUUUGCAGUGCCAAUAACGUCUGUCCUGAUACCUUCGUCAUUAUUUUAAAUCUACCAGUGGAGUUGGAAAUAAAACAAUUUAUGAAUUACGGAGAGGCCUACUGUAAAAUGCAAAAUAUAUAAAAUAUUUUUAACAUAUUUAGGUAUUUAUCAACUAU